AUGAGGGUGGUCACAUGGAAUGUUAGAGGCCUAAAUCAGGCCUAUAAGCAAAAGGAAUUGCAGGUUUUUGUAUAUAGAAACAAGGUGGGACUGUUAGCAAUUGUGGAACACAGCGUACAUCAGAAAAAUGUAGCUAGGGUAGUUAAGCAAGUAGUGCCUAGACGGCAAUGGCAGCACAAUUAUCAGGUUGGUGGAAAACGAAGAAUAUGGGUGGUGUGGGAUGCUAGGCUGUGUGACUUCUCUGUCAUCCAGCCUACUCCCCAACACAUUCAUGGAUAUCUAAAAAUACAUGUUAACAAUAUGGCAUUUCACUUAACUGUCAUAGAUGGAUUGCAUAGUAUCCAAGAUAGGAAACCAUUAUGGGAGGACUUGAUGAACAUAGCCGGAUUGAUGUCAACACCCUGGUUAGUGAUGUGUGACUUCAAUGCCAUCAUGCAUGUUCAUUAUAGGACCCAUGGUCCACCAGUGCAGGACCCGAAAAUAAAGGAUUUCUGUGACUGCAUGAUUGACUCUGGUAUGGAAGAAAUGAAAAGUGUUGGUCGAGACUUCACAUGGACUAAUCACCAUACUUACAACAGGAUAGACAGAGCACUCGUGAAUGCUACUUGGGUUCAGAACUGGCCCCACUUAGAAACACAUGUAUUGGACCUAAGUUUCUCAGAUCAUUCUCCCCUGAGUGUGCAGAUUGAAGAUGGAACAUCCCCAGGGGGUAAACCAUUCAAAUAUUUUGACUAUAUGAUGAAGCAUCCUCAAUUUAUGGAAUUAGUGAACAAGGCUUGGUCUCUCAAUGCUUCAGGGGAUUCAAUGCAAAGAUUACGAAAGAAGAUAAAAAAUGUGCAGUUAGCAAUGAAUGAACUAAACAGGAGAGAAUAA